AUGAUGCCAACGUUGCCGUCUGGUCUACCCGAACCAGUCGACGAUGGAGCUUGCAACCACUUGACAGGGCUCACCCUCCCCCGCAUCAGUCUUCCGACUACGAAUACCUCGGCCGUCCAAGUUGACCUGUCUGCUCUCGACGGGUUGACAAUCGUCUUCUGUUAUCCUCGCUCUGCCGCAGCGGGAGAAUCCGUUCCCCCGGACUGGGACGCCAUCCCAGGAGCACGCGGCUGCACGCCUCAAGCCUGUUCCUUUCGCGACAAUGCGGGCGCAUUAUAUGCCUCCGGAGUCAAAUUCCUGUUUGGGCUGUCUACCCAGGGCUCCGAGACACAGAGUGAGUUCCAUGACAGGACUCAUCUGCCAUAUGACCUCCUGAGUGAUGAGAAGCUGCAAUUCGCGGAGGCUCUCAAGCUUCCUCUAUUUGAAUGGAAAGGUCAAACUCUGAUAAAGCGGUUGACCCUGGCGAUAUCCAAGGGCAAGAUUAUCAAGUUUUGGUAUCCGGUGUUUCCUCCUGAUCAAAAUGUAUUCGCUGUUUUGGAAUGGCUAAAGGGGGAAGUUGAGAAAUAA